AUGACUGGAUUCUGGAUCUUAAUUUUGAUCUUCAGCACCAUGUAUACAGUCCAACUUGGUAGACGCUGGGUUACUGCACAAUCCCUCAGAGAGUCACCAGUUUAUCAGCCUGAUAAAGAGCUCAGUGUGGAUAUCGGAGACUCGGCUACUCUGCGGUGUUGUAUUUAUGAAACAACAUUUAUCAUGAUAUAUUUAUUGAAGCAGCCAAACAGAAAAAAACCUCAGAUUAUAGUUAAGUUCUUUAAAACUGAUGGAGAAGCAUUUUAUAAUGGAUUCCAAAAGUCUCGUUUUCAAAUAGAAAGAUCUUCAAACUGCUUCAAUAUGACCAUUUUAAACAUCACUCAGUCUGAUGAAGCCAUGUACUACUGUGCACUGACAUACCCCAACCCUGUGUUUGGAGAUGGAACUUAUUUAAAAAUUAAAGGUGAUAAUGUUACUAUUUUAUCAGAAACAUCUAAACCAGCUCCGUGUGAUAAUUCAGUGGUGUGUAAACCAACCCUGCAUGGAAACAGCACUAACAUGAACACACAAGACAAAACAGUGCUCGGUUUGGGAACGGCUUUGGGCUUUUGUGCACUUCUGAUUUUCUGUCUCACUUAUUUCAUACUGAGGAGAAGAAAAUUAAACACUUCUAUAGAAAAUUCUUCAGGAACAAGGCAGGUACGUGAAUCUGACGCUGAGACACUGAAUUAUGCAGCUUUGCAAUUCUCCAAGAGAAAAGCCAAAGCUGAAAAAAGGAAAACUGGCUCAUUAGAUGAGUGUGUGUACUCCGAUGUGAAGAAAACUGUAAGAUAAAUGAUUCAUAGCAUAUGGUACUAUUCCACUGAAAAAACUGUGAAAAUGUUUUAACUAGUAAAAUAUUCUGACUAUAAGAAAAUGUAUACUAUUUUUGUCAUGAGAUUAUGAUGAAACUACUAAAAGAUUUUUAAACCAACAUUUUUUUUAAAAUUGCAUUACUUUGCUGACAGAUACAUUUAUUUCAGGAAGCAAAAUUAUAAGUCAACUGAAGUUUAGAAAUGAUCUAAUAUUCGUUUACAAUAAUCUCAGAUUCUGAAAAAAAAUUACCUAAAUGCAGUAUAUUAUUUUAUUACUGUACACUUGUUUAAAGCAAGUUCAUUGUUUCUU